CGGACGACUGUCAAAUCAUGCCUUGCGAACAAUGCCAUGUCCAGUUUACCGUCUUCAAACGUAAGAAAAGCUGUUCCGAUUGCAAGCGAUACUACUGCCACUCUUGCCUGGUGAGCACCCGCAAACAUUCUCUGCUAUGUGAUCGAUGUUUGCUAUUUAGCCGCAGACCACUGCAGAGAUCCGAUUUGGUACAGCUAAAAACCAAAGACCUGAUAUUCUAUCUGCAAUCGAAGCACAUCUCCACGGCCGGCUGUGUUGAGAAGGAGGACUUGAUUGAUUUGGUCAUGCGAAUGGAUUCCAAUCAGAAUCCAUCGUCGUCGAGUGGCAGCAGCAGCAAGAGCAGUAGCAAAAGUACAACGCCACAGCACCAGCCCACGAGUGCUGGCAAUGGUGGUACCGGGGCGGAUGCGGGGACUGGCGGCAAUACAAAUUCCUUUGAUAAUAUAAAACAAACGUGCCAAAAUUUCUUUAGUAGUUUAAGUGAAAAUAUAAGUGAUUCCUUUGCCAAUCUGGAGAGUAGGGCCUGUUCGAAAUCAAGGGCGGACAGGCAGAAUCGAAGUGCCGCCAAUGUGACAGAACAGCCCAGGGUGGCCACCAGGGAGAUACCGACAUAUGCUAGCAGGCAACAAAGGACUGUAAGUGUUGAUGUGUCCUCGCCCACUGAAUCGACACACGCAAGAUCGCCAAUAUCUGUUUCAAGUUCUUUGCCGCCACAGCCAGAGAGGCAAACCUCUGCACUUUCCUCACCGCAAUCGCCUACAUCAAUUGAAAUUGGCACGGUAGCAGAAGAACCGCAGCCUACAGCAACGACGGAGGGCAAGUCUCCAACUAGAAUUGCCGAAGAAGGCGAUUGCGAAUGUUCCGAUGAGGAAGAAUUAAUAGCCACAUUUAGUACACGUACCAGGUCACCUAAAAUUGCAAUAGAACCCUCACUAAGCAAUGAUGAGACAGAUCUGGCCAAUGCUGGUGGACCAUCCACAUCUGCCUCAACUUCAAAGCCGUCAUCACAGUACUCAAAAUUGGAAAUCUACAUAAACGAAGAGGAAGAAUCUUCACAUUCAUCAUUUGAAGAACUUGGAGCCAUUGGGGGAAUUUCCGAUGAUAGCAAGACUACAACUGAUACCACUAGCAACACAACCGAUCAAUGGCAAAUGUUGGAUCUGAAGCAGGAUGGAUCUUCCAAUCAGACGUUGGCAACUCCCGAUGGCAAUAAUUCAACAUUACAACAACCUGCUGAAGAGACGACAUCUCCAAAGCCGCAACCAUCCGCCCCACCUCCUGCACCCCCACUCCGUCUGAAGAAAGUGACACGCAGACGUUCCGAAAGUUAUCUCAACCGUAGAAGACCUCAAAUUAGCUUAGAAGAAGAUGAAGACGAUGAGGAUGGUACAAUACUUUCAGUAUCGAUACACAAUCCCGCUUCGCGAAUAGAAGAAGAAACCCAAACAUCCUCAACCACCAGUAACACAACAGCCAAACGUUGUUGUUUACGUUGCGGCAAAAACAAAGUCAAUAUCCGGCAUCAGGUAGAAAAGCUAAGGAAGCACUUGGAGAGUUCGCAAAUGUCAGAGUCGGACAUAAAACAAGAAUUGCGAGAAUUCCUAGCCUAUCUAGAGCAACGCACCAAAUCGGUAGAAUAUUCAGAUUCCGAGGCUGGAACAUCCACACCAAGUGCAACCGGGCUAACGGAAAGUCAAAUGGCACAGCAGAGAGAUUUUACUGUUUCAGGAAGUUCGGCGGCAUUCAACUAUUUUCCCGAGGCAAAUAUUGCCGCAAAUCAAAGUGAAAAGGAAUCACGUUUUAUCAAUUUGGAUGAUUACGAUUCAAUCAAACAACUUGAGGGUCUUAGUGUGAAACAAUUAAAGGAGGUCCUUAUGCUGCACAGAGUGGACUACAAAGGCUGUUGUGAAAAACAAGAAUUGCUAGAUCGUGUGGGGCGUUUAUGGAAAAACUUGAAAUCGACACCAGCUGUUGAUAAAUUGCCCACAGACGAAUUGUGUAAAAUUUGUAUGGAUGCACCCAUCGAGUGCGUAAUUUUGGAAUGCGGUCACAUGGCAACAUGCACCAAUUGCGGCAAAGUCUUAAGCGAGUGUCCAAUAUGCCGACAAUAUAUUGUAAGAGUUGUAAGAUUUUUCCGCGCUUAGAU